UAGUCAAAAUAAUGAGUGCAUAUAAAUCUGUAGGGAAUGGACUAACAUAAAGCAUGAAUAUAAAAAAUACGUUGCCUUAGAUUAUGUAUAAUUUUUUAAUGCUACUUUACUAUCCAGAAGUGAAGUACUAACAUCACUCACAGCCAUAACAAAUCUUAAAGGAUCCCUGCCUACUGUUGAUCUUAACACUCUCCAGACCAAGUCUGGAACCAGAAUCAGACAUCACUGACGCAAAAAUCUGCUAUUAGAUAGUCAACCUAUGCAUGACAGUAGGAUUUUGCUUUGAUUCUGGAAGGUAUCCCUGCCCUGCUCUUGAAAAGCCAAAUGUUCAUAACUUUAGUCUUCUGUUUUGACAUUUUCCUAGACCUGAAUCUUAUAAAUGCCUGACCCAAACCUAAAAGAAACACUGGUGUCCUUUCUCUAGUCUUUGGUGAGUUUGAAAUCAGCCUCAUAAUGCCAAAAUUAGAUGCAAUGGUUCCAAAAAAAAAGAAAAAAAAAAGAAAAAAGAAAAAAAGAAAAAAGAAAAAAAGAAAAGCAUAUUGCAGUGUAUUCUUUUGUGGCAACUUGGUAAUAGUAUCUGAUAGCAGCAUAAUAGGCAGAACUAGAGGGUUUUUUCCCUAAAACAAUGCAUCUAAGUUCUUGAUGAGGCACGAAGUGCAAUUUUGAGUGGGUUCAUAUUCAACUCCCGUCACAAGAGUAACCCUCCACAGCCACUGACUGAUUUGUACUCCCAGACAGGCAGAAGUGCUCACAGAAAUGUGUUUUCUUGAAAAUUUUCUCAUUCACUACACUUUUUCCCACUGCCUCAGAGCUGGGAGGCAAAACAAGUAAUAUCAGAAUAUUUAUUUGGUCAGAUACUACUUUAUUUCUGAAAGGAAGCAGGAUUCAUCUAUACAAACAUAUUGACAUAUUUACAAACGUAUUUCUAUAUUUACAUGCAUUUCCAUGUCUUUAUAUGUAGAUUUGGUAUAUUUUUAUGCACGCACACACACGCACAUAUAUAGAUUAUGUAUGUAGGUAUGUAUGUAUGCAUGUGUAUUUCUCUCCCUAUAUAUAUAUAUAUAUAUAUAUAUAUAUCCAUGUAUUUAUGUGAGUGUGUGUGUGUAUAUAUAUAUAUAGAUAUAUAUAUAUGAAUAGAUGUCAGGGCAGGCGGGCAUCGCGGGGUUGCCAGCCAUCCAUCGGCCGAUGCCGGAGGCACCCGGAGGGCCGGCGAGCCCCGGGCGCCCGGCAGAGGGAACGCGGGGCGCUCUGCAGGAGGCACGGCGGGUCCCCCGCCGCUCCCGAGGCGCGGAGCCCCGGUGGGGACGUGUCCGGCUUCCCAAGCGAUCGGCGCGCAGGCGCCUCUCAAUCCCCAGCUCCGGUGAGAUGCUCUCGAACCUGGGAAGGGGAUAGCCCUGUCGUUCCCUUCCUCCUUCUUUCUUUCCGGCCCCUCUGCAGCACUUUUCCUCCAGACCCCUGGCUCAGAUUAUUUUUUUUUUUCCCCCAGUCGCUAUUUCUUUUUUUUAAUGUUGCCCACCUCACGGGAGCCCGUUCGCUUUCCUUUGUAGCUCCCGCUCCUCCAAACAGCGUUAUCGGCAAGGAAAGCCGCCUGUUGAUUAUCCCCGUCUCCCCUUUUCUGAGCUUCCACCCACCCUUUGCCCCCACCCCUCCCUCCGUUUGAUUCCAAACCUUUGGAUGGUGUUUUGGUGUCAUUAGGAGAUUAACAUCCCUGGAGCACCAGGGGAGGAGGAGUAGGAGGAGGAGGAGGAGGAGGGUGGAGGGGAAAGCGAGACUGCAGGCAGGAAGGUUGGCACAUUAGCACGAGUGAGACUCUCCUCCCGCCGUCCCAGCCACCCCCGGCUCCCGGGUGGCAGCGGAGGGAGCGUCUGCCGGCGCGGCGGGCUGCGGACGGUGGCAGGCGGGUGCGCCCGGGACCCGCGCCCGCGGAGCGCCGGGGGCUGCCGGCGGGCGAGCGGCAGCGGCUCCUGCGCGCAGCCCCCCUCUCUUUUAUGAGCAGCGAGGAGGCAAAGCGGCAGCGGGGGACACCUGGAGGAGCAUUUCUUCCCCGGGUUUAUGAAUGGCACUGACAUGGAGGAAAUACCGUUUCAGAAAGUCAAGACCAAGAGGAAGAAGUGCUGCCACUGCUGCUGCUCCCCGCCGGCUGCCGCGGCGUCGGGAGCGGGAGCCGGGUUGGGGGACCCCCCUCCCUUGCUGCUGCUGGAUGCCAUCGCCUGCGAGGACGAGUUUGACUGCAAGGAGCUGGAGGCUCUCUUCCAGAGCUACAACCUGAAGCUGGAGCAGACGUCCACCCUCAAGGCGCUGGCUGUCCUCAUCGUGCUCACUGCCAGCCUAGCCCUGGUGGAGCUGCUCUCCGGCCCCAGCCUGACCAUCUCCAAGGGUUCGCACCCGGUGCACUGCAUCAUCUUCCUCUCCCUUUUCAUCGUCACCAAUGUCAAGUACCUGCAGGUCACCCAGCUGCAGCAGAUCGUCAAGCUCACCUUGCUCUUCAGCUUCACCUUCUCCUUCCUCUGCUGCCCCUUCUCUCUCGGCGCCUACGGCAUGGAGCCGCCCAGCGCCCCCGAGCAGGGCAUGUGGCAGCUCAUGCUGGUAACCUUCGUCUCCUACUCGCUGCUUCCCGUCCGGACGCUGCUGGCCAUCGUCUUCGGGCUGGUGGUGUCCGUCUCCCACCUCAUCGUCACCGCCACCUCCGUCAGUGCCAAGCGGCAGCGGCUCUGGAGGACGCUUGUGGCCAAUGCAAUCCUUUUUGUCAGUGUAAAUUUGUAUGGGGUCUUUGUGAGGAUUUUGACAGAAAGGGCUCAGAGGAAGGCAUUCCUUCAGGCCAGGAACUGCAUUGAGGACAGGCUGAGACUGGAAGAUGAAAAUGAAAAACAGGAACGUCUCUUGAUGAGCCUUUUGCCCAGAAAUGUUGCAAUGGAAAUGAAGGAAGAUUUCCUGAAGCCUCCUGAAAGGAUUUUCCACAAGAUUUACAUUCAAAGGCAUGACAAUGUUAGCAUUUUGUUUGCAGACAUUGUGGGGUUCACUAGUUUGGCAUCACAGUGUACUGCCCAAGAGCUGGUGAAGCUGCUGAAUGAGCUUUUUGGAAAAUUUGAUGAAUUAGCUACAGAAAAUCAUUGCAGAAGAAUAAAAAUCCUAGGGGACUGUUACUACUGUGUAUCAGGAUUGACCCAGCCCAAAACAGAUCAUGCCCAUUGCUGUGUUGAAAUGGGACUGGAUAUGAUUGACACCAUCACAUCUGUUGCAGAAGCCACAGAGGUUGAUCUCAACAUGAGAGUUGGAUUGCAUACAGGCAGGGUGCUUUGUGGGGUCCUGGGUCUCCGAAAAUGGCAAUAUGAUGUCUGGUCGAAUGAUGUGACGUUAGCUAAUGUAAUGGAAGCUGGAGGACUGCCUGGGAAAGUACACAUUACAAAGACCACCUUAGAGUGCCUAAAUGGGGACUAUGAGGUAGAACCAGGAUAUGGUCAUGAAAGGAAUAGUUUCUUGAAGAAGCAUAAUAUUGAAACGUAUUUUAUUGUGCCAUCCCAUCGUAGGAAGAUAUUUCCUGGACUGAUUCUCUCAGACAUUAAGCCUGCCAAAAGAAUGAAGUUCAAGACAGUCUGCUAUCUACUUGUUCAGCUCAUGCACUGUCGUAAGAUGUUCAAAGCAGAGAUCCCUUUCUCCAACGUCAUGACGUGUGAGGAUGAUGACAAGAGGAGAGCAUUAAGGACAGCCUCUGAAAAACUCAGGAAUCGCUCCUCUUUUUCCAACAAUAUUGUACACAACACUCCGGGAACUCGAGUGAACAGAUACAUCAGCCGCUUGAUAGAGGCCCGGCAAACUGAGUCUGAGAUGGCUGACUUGAACUUCAUCACCCUGAAGUAUAAGCAAAUUGAGCGUGAAAAUAAAUACCACCAGCUUCAGGAUGAGUACUUCACCAGUGCUGUAGUUCUCUCGCUAAUUCUAGCUGCCUUAUUUGGCCUUGUCUACCUUCUAAUAAUACCACAGAGUACCAUAGUUCUUGUUCUCCUGGUGUUCUGCAUAUGCUUCCUAGUGGCUUGUAUUAUGUAUCUACAUGUCACACGAGUACAAUGUUUUCCAGGGUGCCUGACAAUACAAAUUCGUACCAUUCUGUGUAUUUUUAUUGUGAUAUUAAUAUACUCUGUGGCUCAAGGCUGUGUGGUUGGCUGCAUGCCUUGGGUUUGGAAUACCAAUUCCAGCAGCUCAAUAGUUAUAAUUUCUCCUGGUGGAACAAAUAAAACAAUGAAUGAACUUCCAUGUGACACAGCCCACUAUGCUUUCCUUUCCUGCGUAGUGGGGACUCUCACCUUGGCAAUAUUUCUACGCGUAUCUUCCUUGCCAAAAAUGAUUCUCCUGCUUUUUGUUACAAUUUUGUACAUAGUUAUUCUGGAACUCAGUGGUUACAGAAAAGCAGUGGGGGGUGGCUCCUUUUAUAUGCGUGGCUAUGAACCAAUACUAGCUAUUUUGCUAUUUUCUUGUGCUUUAGCACUGCAUUCAAGACAGGUGGACUUGAAACUGCGUCUGGACUACCUCUGGGCAGUGCAGGCAGAAGAAGAGAGAGAUGAUAUGGAGAGAGUCAAGCUGGAUAAUAAAAGGAUUCUUUUCAACCUGUUGCCGGCCCAUGUUGCACAGCACUUUCUUAUGUCUAAUCCAAGAAAUAUGGACCUUUAUUACCAGUCAUAUUCACAAGUGGGAGUGAUGUUUGCUUCCAUCCCAAAUUUCAAUGAUUUCUACAUCGAAUUGGAUGGCAAUAAUAUGGGAGUGGAAUGUUUACGCCUGUUAAAUGAAAUUAUUGCUGAUUUUGAUGAGCUUAUGGACAAAGAAUAUUAUAAGGAUAUUGAAAAGAUCAAGACAAUUGGAAGUACAUAUAUGGCAGCUGUGGGACUUGUACCUACUUCAGGAACUAAGGCUAAAAAAUCAAUUUAUUCCCAUCUGAGUACACUGGCAGAUUUUGCAAUAGAGAUGUUUGACGUUCUUGAUGAAAUCAACUAUCAGUCUUACAAUGACUUUGUCCUACGAGUUGGUAUUAAUGUUGGGCCGGUAGUGGCGGGAGUCAUUGGAGCCAGAAGACCACAGUAUGAUAUCUGGGGGAAUACUGUGAAUGUUGCCAGCCGGAUGGACAGUACUGGAGUGCAGGGAAAGAUUCAGGUAACAGAAGAAGUUCAGCGGAUAUUAAAAAGAUGCAGCUAUGAAUUUGUGUGCAGGGGUAAAGUCAGUGUAAAGGGAAAAGGUGAAAUGUUGACCUAUUUCCUGGAAGGAAAGGCUGAUGGAAAUAAUUCCCAAACACGGUCUUUAAACUUAGAGCGGAAAAUGUACCCUUAUGGGAGAGCAAACAUUCAAACAAAACUGGGCACCAGCUGUCCAUCUGUGUCCUCAGUUGCUAGCUUUACUGUAAAACCUGGUCUUGGAGCAGGUCAAGCAUCUGCCACUCAUGCAAACCAAACACUGCAUUAUCUUCCUUCUGUGCCAGCUGUGAAGGAGGCAUAGAGCAAAGGAAAUUUGGUUGUGCCACUCGCAGUGAACUUGGAGAGCAAUGGUUGCCUGAAUUUUUACUAAGAAGUCAGAAUUCAUAGACCAUGUCAUUAACGAAGGACCACUACAACCCAACCAAAGAGAACUUGGGGACUGUGUAAUGAACUCUUGGGAUGGAACAUAUAAGGGCUAGCAAUUCUGUUAUGAAAAGUCAAAAUGGGAUUUUCUGGAAAUGAGGCAUAUUUUCUUGGCAUUUUUAAACAGUAAAUGAAAAAAAAUAGAUAAAUGUGCAAGCAAUUAUUUAUGUGUGUGUGUAUAUAUAUGUUUUAAUCUAUAUAUACACACACAUACAAAGAGUUCUGUGUAGACUUAAUAGAUAUUUAUAGAGAUGAACAUAAAAGUGUGUAUUUAUUUACACAUCCACCUGCAGUGACAUAGCAAAGAGAUUUCUCUUUCUGUCAUAGCCAGAAUAGUUGGGCCUGGGAUUAGCAAAGCUGCACUUAACCAUGGAAUGUGGGAUGCCUGGAGACUCUCCAGGGCUACAGAAAGACUUUGAGAAAUUGUGCUCCCAGUGCAUGAAUUAAUGCAAUGAGAACAGUGUUUAUUGUGCUGUCAAUGGCAGAUUAAUGAAGACUGGAUUCAGCUAAUUACAGAAUCCUACAUAUUUUUUUUAAGUUCUCCUUGCAUGUUCCAAAAAAUUUCCACAAACUUUCAAUCAAACCAUUACACUAGGAUGUAAAGUAGAUAAAACACAGAUCUUAAAAGUUCAGGCAAAUGAACAAUAUAUAUUAUUUCCAUUAAGAAAAAUACAAGAGUGAUAGAAUAUAGACUUUGCUGCCUCUUUGUAGGUCAUUUGACUCUGUGCAAGACAGAGGAGCCACCCUGCAAGCACAGCAAUACGCUUAUGCAAUAUAGAAACAUUCCUGUAUGUACAGUGCUGAUUUUACUGAAGAUCAGAAGGAUGGUAUUAUUUCAGGCUUUUAGAAAUAGCACAAGCCCCGUGGCUCAAGUCCAGGAUUUACCAUUCUAAACAGCUCAAAAGAAUAGUCCUGCACUGGUGGCAAACAUCCUCUUGCUACUUUUGUGACAUUUGUAUGUUUGCCAACUUUGUUUUAUAUAUUAAUUUAUUUUUAAAUAUAUGCCACAGUUUUAUUAUACCUUGAUUCUAUCAAGACUCACUCUUCAAAGCUGUACAGUUAUAGAAAGCUAUAAUUCUGAGAAACAAGCACAGUCCAACUUUGCCAAAUGAGGAGCACUGGUAAAUGUGCCAGGAGAGCUAGGCCUGCUCUUAAUCUGCAUAAAAAAGGAUAUAUUGUGGCUGCUUUUUUUCUCUACUGCUGCCCAUAUCAUAUUGUUUAUGGUUUCAUACUGAAAUGAUGAUCCAGAUGUGAAAGAUGCAUAGUCAAGGUGGGAGCAGUUGAAGGUCAAUCUGCUGAGGGACAUGUACUCCAUGGACAUGCACCAUAUUGCCCUGAUGGGGAUUCACAGGCUAACUAACCUCAGCUGUUUUCCAAAAGAGAAGCAAAACUUUACAAUGUCUAAAAACAUGGAAAACUUCCUUUUAACAAGCAAAACAAUCCAUCCACCACCCCCCCACCGAAAAAAAAGAAAAUAUCAAAAACCAACAACAACAACAAAAUCCAAAAAUACCCAGAAAAAAAACCCAAAACAACCCAGCAAACUAAAAAUCCCAACCCAGAAUGCAGAAGUUGUAUAGACUGUACAACAGAAAAUUUUCAUGUACUAGCUGUCACACUUCCCUUUGGUGGGCCUAUUUUGGUACAGAUUUCAGUGGAAAAAAGAUUCUGAGAGAGUCCACUUUUAUCAGCUUUUGCAUUGGAGCAGUAAUUUUCUGUGUUAAAAGUAUGUACAGCACUGUGUCAGUAGAUGUAAAUGGUUAAAGAAAUGUUGCAGGAAUUUGUGUUCUCCAGAUCAGGAUACUGUGGGACUCCAGUGUUUUUAAGCAGUGUUUCAAAUUAAUUUGUAUGUGCCCUGUCUGCUAGGUGCUUCAUUAGAAAGCUGGUAAAGUUAGUCUUAUGAUUAAAGUGACUAUAAAAACCUGAGAACUGCUUCCUAAUUGUGCUGUACAGGUAAUAUGCACCCUGAUUGAGCUGAAGAAAGUCACUGCAUUUCUUUAUCUCCCUAAGAGAUACCCAGUUCACAGAUAUUCUUCUAGAAUAAUUUAUUUCUGGUUU